AUGAAUAUAAUUUCUGUACCCAUAAGUUUAAAGUUGUUUAGAGUUUCCUCUAAGGUGGAGUUAAAAGAUGAAAUACUGGAGUUCGGUGAGGCGAAGUUGUCCAACUAUGCGGAUGAUAAUCAGCUGUAUUUUGCUGAUACUGAUCCAGCCGUUGUCGAACAUGUUGUCAAUAAGGAACUUGUGGUGGUGUGUGAGAGGUUUCGUAAUAACAAGAUGAUCUUGAACCCUGAAAAAUGCAAGGCGAUGGUUCUCUCACGAAAACCAGACGUCAAGUUAUCACUAUUUGCCUAUGGUGUUGCAUUACCACUGUUUGAUACAAUAGAUCUAUUUGGGUUAACAUUGGACAAUUCCCUGAAUUUUGGAAAACACAUCACCAAAAUUAGCAAGAAAGUUGGAAAGCAACUUGAUGUUCUUUCGAUCGAGAUUGUGCAAUUGGUGCUUUAUUUUGCUAUCAUUAUGGUUGGCUUGGUGGGAAACACAAUGAUCGUAGUGACACUACUCGGCCGACAGACGCGAAGAGUUGGAGAAUACCUCAUUUUAAACCUAGCCAUCACGGAUUUCGCCACAUGCGCCAUAAGCAUUCCUCUCGAUCUAGCUGAGCGACUUUCGGGUGGUUUUCCGUUUGGUUCAAUACUCUGUUAUAUGAUCUACCCGUUUCAAACUGUUUUAAUGGCUGUGUCUGUGAUAACGUUGUUGUCCAUGAGCUUGGAGCGACACAGGGUUGUCAUGACACCGAUGCGUCCGAGAGUGCUCCCCAGAACAGUGAAGUUUGUCAUUGGGGUGUCAUGGCUUCUACCCUCUCUGGUAAUAAUACCUUAUGCUUUGGUUCUACGGCUAGAAGGAAAGCAAUGCAUGGAGAAAUGGCCUGAGGAUUGGUAUGUCAAGGUUUUCACUCUAACGAACUUCGCCAUCUUCUAUUUGGUUCCGCUAACAGUUAUCGCGUCUUCAUAUGUUCGCGCCGGGCGUAAGAUUCGUAAAGAACUCGACAGGCUCGAACAUGUAAUCGACAGUCAUAGAUCACAGGUUCAAUACACAAAGAAACGCACUCUACAGAAAAUGAGGAUCACUAAAGUGUUCAUAAUAGCGGUGAGCGCAUUCUUAGUGUGCAUGCUGCCGACACACGCCUCGUGGAUUUGGCACGAUUUUGGGCGCGGCUGGGACAGCAAGUAUUUCCAAGAUGUGCUCAUAUUCAGCAAUAUUCUUAUGUACGCUAAUAGCGCGUCUAAUCCAUUCAUUUUUGGUUGUUUGAGAAAGUUUUCAUUGGCACGCCUUUUUUGCUGCUGUCGGAAACAUUCGGGUAAACGUUGCCAACUCGAAUGUGUUUAUGAGCUUCGGGUUGGCUCGACGCCUCUUCACGUUGGUAGAGAAAUGGCAGUGAAGGGAUAUAACAAAUCGUCAAAAAUAUUAGAAAGGACAAACACAAAUCGUCAUAAAUCUGCAAAUGUUUGA